AUGGUGGCAUCCGCAUUAACAUCGCUACGCGACUUGUACAGACACGUGUGGUCCUUCCGCGACCCCAGGAUAGACGGAUGGGGUCUAGUUACCGAGGGGCGUCUCAUCCUCCCGCUCCUAGUGGCCUACGUGUACCUGGCCAAGAUCGGCGGACCCCGAUGGAUGAAGCACCGCGAACCGUACAAGCUUCGGCGCGCCAUCCUGGUGUACAACGUGGCGACAGCACUGGCGAACGCCUACUUCUUUUACCGCUACGCCAGACUAACGUACCUGGGUGGAGGCUACAGUUUCUUCUGCCAGGGCCUCAGCAAAGACAAUAGCGAGCAGUCCGUGGAAUUAGCGGCGCUGAGCUGGUGGUACCUGUACGUACGCAUCGCCGACUUUCUCGACACGUUCUUCUUCGUGGCCCGCAAGAAGUUCUCGCAGAUCUCGGUGCUGCACGUCAUCCACCACUUCCUCGUGGUGCUCAGCGGCUGGGUGUGGCUCAACUUCGGCUGCGACGGCCAAGGGGUACUGGGACUGCUCAUAAACCAGGUUGUGCACGUAAUCAUGUACACCUACUACUUCUUGGCGGCCCUAGGACCCGCGGUGCGACCGUACCUGUGGUGGAAGAAGUACCUGACCGGCGUACAGAUUGCGCAGUUCGUGUUUAUUCUCGUGCACAUUUCCAUUCCGAUAUUCUACGACUGCGGCUAUCCAAAGGUGCUGGCCGUAUUUGGCGUCGGCCAGCUCUUGCUCGGACUCGUACUGUUCAUCAAUUUCUACGUCCAGACGUACAUCUGGAAAAAGGGGGACAAGAAGGAAGCCACCUCGAAUGGUGUCAAAGCCAAGCAAGGCUGAGCGAAUCAGAAGGCCCAGUUUAUCUUAUAAAUUUCCGCUUUCGUCCUUGUUCUUGACAACCACAGCGCAUUAGCCCUGCGAAACCCUUCGGCCUUGCGGAAGAAUUCAUUCCGCAAUGGACCCUGGUGUCUUGAGUUCGAUGCCAGCUGCAGUAAGGGUGAGUUCUUCAGCCCCGGCUGACGCGAUCUGAACAGUGCUGGAAUUCGCUUUGCGAACUUCAAAGACUCCAAGUGUGAGUGGCACAUGUGAUAUUUCGGCAUUUCCUUCCAUGCACGAACUUUUUAAACUAAAAGUGUGCCUUCAUCUCUAAUCGGCUCUCGCCAUCUCGAAGAAGCGCCGACAGCUUCGUGGGGCGAGAUCUUGCUCAGCGUUCUGCAGGUUGAUGACCAUGCACUCAACUACCGUACAAGAGCAUCGUUACGCCAACAUGUGUGAUAUUAGUCGAGUGAACAUUGAUGUGCUUGUUUUUUUUUUCAUCUUUGGUUGAUGUGCUAAGGAUUGUGUGCCGUGAAGCUGCCCCGCUGAAAUUUUCUUUUCUCAAACUUUGUAAGAAAUUAGUGCCAGGAUGGGUGCUCGAAGAUAAAACUGGGUCCUCAAGAAGAAGUUUUAAAGAAAGCCUCCUGCUUGUUUUUAGCAACAUGUGGGACUAUACCAGGAAGAUGGCAGAAAUAUGACAUCGCUUCAGUCGUAUAAUGCCCCUUUCCCCCUAUAGAGCUGGAACAAAAGCGCGACGUUAGAAAGCACCAGACAACUGCGCUAACAACCUAAUGUUAGUCAUCGCCGUUCUUCAUCCCUUUGUCCAUCCGUCCGUAGUCCGUCCCAAUUGCACUGUUGUUGUUUUUUCUGCUCAAGACUUGAAAAAAGCAGCUCAAAUACGUACGCUUCUGCCCUUCUUCGUAUUUUCGUCCUCUGUGUUAUAG